AUGGUACUUACAAGAAGUCAGCAGGAGAACGUAGCCACCGAGUACCCUUACGGGAUGCCCCGGGACAAUCCUAGGCAACGAACUAACCAGAAUGAGGAUGGAAUGGAAGAGUCGUAUGUCGACCGAUCUCAACAGCCUAAUCCGUCGUCGGCCAUCGAGCAACUGAAGGCCGAAAUGAUGGAACUCAGAAGGCUUCGAGAAAAGGAUGCUCACGAAUUAUCGGCCCUGAGAAGAGAAAAUGCCGAGCUCAGGAGCGAUAAUCGGACAUGGCACCUGUUGCAUGAUACCCGCAAUCAGUCGACCCGGGACCAAGGUGAAUCAUCUGGAUGGUACAAGGAAGUCAAUGUCCCUCGACCAUCAGGUGGACCAACGACAACGACACAAGACCAGCAACGACGACAGGGAAGGACGCCAUUCACACCAGAUAUUGCCGGGGCUCGUUUGCCUGACAACUGGAAAAACUUGACCCUAGAAAAGUAUGACGGAACCUCCGACCCUGAAGAACACCUCGACGCGUUCGUCACGCAGGCCGAUCUGUACACCGAUGACGAUGCAAUCAUGUGCAAAGUCUUUCCUACUUCGUUGAAAGGACCAGCACUCAAUCCGUUCACGCGGCUCCCUCCCGGAUCGGUUGAUUCGUUCACAACCUUGUCAUCCCGCUUCGUAAUACAAUUCGCCACAAGCCGCUCUCACCAACUAACCUCACCCGCGUUAGUUAACAUCCGUCAAGAAAAGAAGGAACCCCUCAGAACAUUCAUGGAGAGGUUCGGAAAAAUGACCUUGGCCAUCAGAAAUCUAGAUCCCGCGAUAGCAAUGCACCAUCUCACCACGGCGCUGAGGCCAGGUCCUUUUGUCAAUAGUUUGCGCAAGAAACCACCCCAUGACCUGGACGACCUGCGGCAGAGGGCCACUAAAUACAUGCAGAUGGAGGAGUUGGCCGAGUUUCGCAACCAAAACCGACCUGACCUAUCUCUCGCUAAAAGAGAAAAUGACAAGGAACAUCCACGAUCUCGUCCUCGAGAAACAACCGAUCGUGAGAAGAACAAUAACAGAGGUCCAAGGUAUGUGCAAUAUACGCCGCUCAACACCAGCAAGGCCAGGGUGUUGGAGCAAGCUCUAGCCAAGGAAGUUUUGGUUGUUCCUCGAAGAGCUAUGACCCCUCCUCACGCCGACAAGACUAAAGCGUGUCAAUUCCAUCGGAACAGAGGACACACUACGGAGGAAUGCUCCGCCCUUCGGGAUCGCAUCGAAGAUCUCAUUAAGGCCGGCCACCUCCAAAACUUCGUCCAGAUGACAGAUAACCGAAGAAACGACUACCGCCCCGGAAGAGGGGAGCAUAAAAGGGAUAACCGAGAUCGAGCACCCCCCCGGAACCGAUCCCGCGAGCGUAGUAGGUCUCAAGAAAGAAACGAUCAACGAGACCGCAAUCAGCCCAGGCGAGUCAUAAACACCAUUGUCGGAGGCUUCGCAGGAGGUGGAAGCUCGUCUUCAGCACGGAAAAGACACUUGAGGGCUAUCAAGUCGGUCAACGCCAUAGGGCGAGCAUCUCCCAUUCGUAUGCCCCCUAUUAUGUUCACUGACCGAGACUUUCACGGCAUUGACCCGGUGCAAGACGACCCAAUGGUCAUCAGCGUGGAGAUCAACAACUGUAUCGUGAAAAAAACGCUGGUUGAUCAGGGAAGUUCGGCCGACAUCUUAUACUGGAAGACUUUCGAACAGUUAGGCAUCCCGGAACAAGAGUUGACACCCUAUGAUGAGCCUUUGGUUGGGUUCUCGGGCGAACGGGUGGACACCCGCGGAACCAUAGACCUAUACACCUAUUUCGGGGAUGACCAGCUCAGGCGGAUCAAGGUGCGUUACGUGGUGGUACAUGCCAACACCUCGUACAACAUUCUGUUGGGAAGACCCUCCUUGAACAAGCUUCGAGCCAUCGUUUCCACCCCACACUUGGCUAUGAAGUUUCCAAGUGAAUAG